AUGGAGAUCCUCACCCCGUCGGACUAUGAGUCUGGCAACAAGAGGCGGGCCCGACGUAGUGGCCGACCUUGCGAUGCUUGUCGAAAGAAGAAGACCCGCUGCGUGACGAAGGAUGGGGAUCCGAGAUGCAUCCAUUGCCAGUUGCGAAGGUCUCAGUGCACCUUCAACCACGAACCCCCAGAUCGGCCGUCCAACCCUUCGAAUCAAGUUGAAGAGUCUUCUUCUUCUUCUUUGCUGUCGGCGGAUAUCAACCACCAAGCGCCUGACAUUGCCUCUCCAGCCCAGAGGCCACUGUCUGGCUCGGCCCACGCUCGGCUGCAGUCACCCAUCGGGCCAAAUUCGACGCCGGAUGCUUCAGCACUAGGUCUUGCCCAGUCGCGAUUCGCGGAACUGUACGGCCUGGGAAGCGACAUGGAACCAAUCCUUAUGCGCCAUCGGCCAUAUGAUCCUGUCACGCAUGAGUUCAGCCUCGAGACCCAUGCCAUCAGGCGGGUGCUCGAACGAGAUGGGGGUUUGGUCGAGUACCCGCUCACCUUUCACAUGGUCUCCGACGAGAAUGCCGUGGAUUUCGAAGGUGAAGCCGCCCGCGCUGAUGCCAUUGAGGCGUGCAUCGGACCUCAUGGCCCACGGCUCGUAGAGCUGUUCUGGCGACAUGUUCAGCCUUGCUACCCCCUGCUUCACAAGGACAUCUUCAUGGACAACUAUAAUGCGUCUUAUAGACGAGUUUCCGCUGCACUCCUUGGCGCGGUAUACUUAUCCGCCCUACGGUGGUGGUCCUACGACCCCAUGCUGUCCAUUCGGGCAUUGCCAGACUCAUCAUUACUACGCCACCUUUUGAAGCAGGCCCUUGCGUCCUCGUACCACCGGCCCAAACUCUCUUCGAUACAAGCCGCUUUGUUGCUCUUGCAAUGCCAGCCUGAGGAUCCCCUCAAUCCCGAUCAUACUUACGCCUGGGGUUUGACAUGCCAGGUGCUGGCUAUCGGGCAAUGCCUGGGCCUCCAUCUUGACGCCAGUAGUUGGUCAAUACCAAAUUGGGAGAAGAAUCUGAGGAAGCGCCUGAGUUGGGCGCUCUAUAUGCAAGAUCGUUGGACUGCACUGGCCUAUGGCCGCCCAGUUCACAUUCAUCAUGAUGACUGGACAGUCCGAGAGUUGGAGAACCUGGAUUUCGCGGAUUGCGACAGUUCAACCUCCGAUGAUGACCGACGGUCGAUAAGUGCGACUGGAAAGACACAAUUUAUCCACAUGGUCCGACUCACCCAACUGCUCUCCUCUGUCCUCUCGUCUUUUUACACCGCUCGGAUGUGCUUCGAUCAGGAUACCGUCCUACUCUAUCAAAGAUCUCAGGAGCUCUUGAGGCAACUACAGUUGUGGUAUGCGAGUAUCCCCGCCUCAUUGCAGAUGGACGUGAGUUACGAGCGGAAACUAUGCUUCCAUGGUUAUCUCCACUUCUCGUUUUAUGGAGUCAUGAUGGCUCUCCUCCGUCGGCUCAUACGAUCUACAGCGCUGCCUCCACGUUGCGCUGAUGACGCAAUUCUUUCAAACAUUCGCCAGACUGCUCUGCAGACAGCACAAAACGCAAUAAGCUUUGCCAGGAAUCUGCGAUCAGACCAGCUAGAGGCAUUUUGGUACUUUAGCGCUAUUCUAAGAGGUCUUGAGCAUGCGCUCGCCGUCAACCUUAUUGAGCCCAGCGACGAUACUGUCAGCCCUAUGAUGGCAAACUUCUCUACGGAAGCCCUCGAGUAUACGGACUUUGGAGACUGGGACCUCGCUGCCGGUGUUGAUGGAGCAUUCGACCUCCUGAGUGGAAUCCAAUUGGAUGCGACAUCACUCAUGCCAGGCGAUCCGACAUACCGGGGUUGA